AUGGAGCACAUAAGACCACCCCCGGAAUUGGAUUUUUCAUCAUCAGAUGGAAAUCUCCCCGAACGAUGGAGGAAAUGGGAACAAACCAUGCGGUUAUAUUUGAACAUCGCUAUGCACGAGCGGGACGAAAAGGAUCAAUGCAGUCCGUUCCUCUACAUAAUCGGGCAAGAUGGACGUGAAAUUUUCAACACGAUGACAAUUCCGAAUGACGACAAGGACAAAAUAGAACCUUUGUUCACGAAGUUCAAGGAAUACUGUGCACCCCGGGAAAACAUAACGGUUUGGAGACACAGAUUCCACACACGGCAACAAGGUAAAACAGAGACAAUAGAUCAGUAUGUUACAGAUUUACGUGUGAUAGCUAAAAACUGUAAAUUUGGUGCCUUAGAAGAGGAUAUGUUGCGCGAUCGAAUUGUUUGUGGUGUUAACUCGGAGAGAGUGAAAGAGAGGCUACUUCGGGACAACAAAUUGACACUGGAGAGUGCAUUGAGCGUGUGCAGAGCCAAUGAGGAAUCGGCAAUACACCUCAAGGAUUUACACAGUGAAGAAGCGACUGCAGCCGCAGUGUUCAAGAAAUCAUCAAAGGACAGAGAGUAUCGCAAGCAACAGGUAAACAGAAAUGACAAAAAGAAGCACAGUGUAAAACAGACAAACUUCCGAGAACAGAAAAGCAAAGUCAAAGCAUGCGGAAAGUGUGGAACUGGUCAUGACGUGGGUAAGUGUCCAGCACAUGGGAAGAACUGUUUAAAAUGCAACAAGCCCAAUCACUUUGCCAAAAUGUGCAGAACUAAAAACGUAAACAUUGUGGAGCACAGUGAAGUGACUACCGAUGAGGAAUUCUUCAUAGACGCAGUGAAUAGCAACACAAGUACCGUUACCAAGGAUGAGGCAUAUGUGAAUCUCGUAUUCAACAAAAUGACUGUAAGACUGAAGAUUGACACAGGGUCGCAAGUUAACAUAAUUCCCAAAGACAUCUUGAGCAAACUGCCAGUGAAAAAACAAAUUGUAAACACUUCAGUGACAUUAAAGUGUUACAUGGGCAACCACAUACCGAUCAUAGGGAAGUGUUUUCUGAGGUACAAGAAUCACAAUUUGGAAUUCUUUGUGACAAAAACAGACACUACUCCACUACUCGGACUGAAAUCAUGUGUAGACCUCGGAUUGGUUAAACUCACUAUGAUGACUCAGAAAGAAGAUAAAACAGACCUGUUCAGCCAAUUCUCAUCAGUAUUCCAAGGUUUGGGAUGUCUACGAGACCCUUACCACAUACAGCUUGACUCUACCGUGCAACCUGUUGUGCACCCACCUCGAACAUUACCAGCAGCACUACGAAAUGAAUUGAAAGCUUCAUUGGAUGAGAUGGAGUCACAAGGCGUAAUUGGAAAAGUAGACGAACCAACAGAAUGGGUCAACUCUAUCGUUUGUGCGGAAAAAUCCAAUGGCAAAUUAAGGAUAUGUCUGGACCCACGGGAUCUCAAUAAAGCGAUUAAGCGAGAGUAUUGCCAAUUACCCACAAUUGAGGAAAUCACUACUCGACUAGCAGGAGCCAGAGUCUUCAGUAAACUGGACGCAAACAGUGGCUAUUGGCAGAUACCACUUGACCCACAGAGCCAAAAACUUUCAACAUUUAACACACCUUUCGGGCGUUACUGUUUUCGAAGGAUGCCAUUUGGAAUCAAAAGUGCACAGGAACUCUUCCAGAAACGAAUCUCACAACAUUUCUGUCACAUUCCAGGAGUAGAAGUGGACAUUGAUGACAUAUUAGUCUGGGGGAAGACCAGAGAGGAACAUGAUCAGAGGUUAAGGACAGUGUUAGAAAAGUGUAAAGAGAUCAAUUUGACUCUAAAUAAAGACAAAUGCAGAUUCGGAUGUUCUGAAGUCACUUACAUUGGACACAUUUUAUCAUGUGAUGGUGUGAAACCGGAUCCAAGGAAAAUCGAAGCGAAUACCAGGAUACCGCCACCAGAAGACAAGAAAGGAGUCGAACGACUACUGGGCACCAUCAACUACUUGGCCAAAUUCAUACCCAACAUGUCAAAUAUCACACAACCGAUCAGAACUCUUCUGAGAAAGGAGGUGACAUUUCACUGGGAUCAAGGUCAGGAAAGCGCAUUCAAGGAAAUCAAGAGAGUUUUGUCCGAAGCACCAGUUCUCACCUUUUUCGAUGUCAAGAAACCUGUGAUUGUAAGUGUGGAUGCAUCAAAAUCUGGACUAGGAGCUGUUGUUCUACAAAGUGACAAACCUAUUGCGUAUGCGUCGAGAGCACUUACUGAUGCGGAAACCAGAUACGCACAGAUUGAAAAAGAAUUACUUGCAGUGACAUUCGGACUCGAACGAUUUAAUCAGUAUACAUAUGGUGUUGAUGUCACAGUCGAAAAUGACCAUAAACCACUCGAAUCAAUUCUGAGCAAACAACUCUCACAGGCCCCUCCAAGACUUCAAAGACUUUUACGUAGAUUACAGAAGUACACUUUCACAUUUAAAUACAAGCCUGGCAGAGAACUAGUAGUCGCUGACACGCUUUCACGAGCAUAUCUUCCCGUCAACAGACAGGAAUCCCAAUCUUUGAAUCAGGAAUUAGAUACAUUUGUUCAUUCUGUGUUUUUACAAAGUGUACCCAUGUCCAGGAACAUUCUGGAGGAAAUCCGAAGGAAAACGGAAAGUGACAAUAACCUAAAAACAGUUAAGGAUUGCAUUCAGAGUGAAUGGCCUCCAUACAGGACAUUCGUAGCAAACAGAACCUUACAAGCAUUCUGGAAAAACAAGGAUUUUCUUACUGUGGUAGAUGGAUUGAUUCUUAAAGGAGAAAAGAUUGUGAUCCCAAGAGAACUACAACCAGAAAUCUUGCGACAACUACACACAGGACACAUGGGCAUGGAGAAAACCAAACGACGAGCUAGAAACCUUGUGUACUGGCCGAAUAUCAACAAAGAUAUUGAUGACAUGACUCUUCAAUGCAACAUUUGCAUGGAUUUCCGAAACCAAAACCCAAGGGAACCUCUUGUCUCGACAGCGAUUCCUGAAGGACCAUGGCAAACUGUAGGAACAGAUUUGUUCAGUCUACACAACAGUGACUAUCUGGUGGUCACAGACUACUACUCUAGAUAUUUCGAAGUGACAAAACUGCCGAACACCAGAAGUAGUACCAUUAUUGAUAGACUCAAAUCAAUUUUUGCUAGACAUGGCAUUCCAUACGAAGUCAAGAGCGACAACGGACCACAGUACACUUCUCAGGAAUUCAGACAAUUUGCAAGGGAGUGGAAUUUUCAGCACAUGACAUCCAGCCCGUACCACCAACAAGCAAAUGGACUUGCGGAGAAGACCGUCCAAACAGUCAAACGAUUACUGGAGAAAUCGAGAAUAGAUGGAAGUGAUCCCUACUUGGGUAUAUUAGAGUAUAGGAACACACCUACUGAUACUGGAUCGCCAGCGCAGUUACUAAUGAGCAGGGAAUUGGAAUCUAUAUUACCCAUCACCAAAAAACAACUCAGGCCAAGAACUGUGAAGCAUACUAAAGUUCGCGAGGAUCGAGAAGAUGCGCAGAGAAGGCAACAAUAUUACUACAAUCGAUCAACUCGAGUUCAGCCAGAAAUCUCUGAGGGACAAGCCGUUCGUUUCAGACACAAGGAUGAAUGGAAACCGGGCUAUGUGACGAAGAACGACAAUCGAUCGUACUGGAUGACCACACCAGAAGGCGACAAAUACAGAAGAAAUCGCAAAGACAUUCUAAUCUCCAAGGAAAAGACAUUCCGAAAGAAACCAGUGUUUUUACCUGAUGAUGCAACUAACAGCUUACCAGAACUUGAUGAUUCAAGGAAUUCUAUUGCUAUGGAACCCAAAACCACACCGGAAGCUGAAAAUUAUCGGACGCGAUCUGGUAGAGAAGUGCGGAAGCCGAAGCGUUUUGACGAAUAG